AGUGCGGGGCUCUGUUGGUGUGCCACUGGCCAAGGAGGCGCCGUCUGAGCUGGAGGGUUUGCACAGUAACCCAACCCAGAACAAACCCGGAGUUAAAGUUACCAGCCGGUGGCUUGGUGAGUGAGGCUCGGGCUGAGGGACUGCGGGCGACUGAGAGGGUGGCUCUCCGAGAGCGGGGCUCCGCGGGCACGGCGGGGGACGGAACGAUGAACUUCCCACUGGGCCGCAAGCUGCUUCCGGGUGAGACCGGCCCCAACGAGAGCCUGGAGAAGCAGCUGAUCUGCCCCAUCUGCUUGGAGAUGUUCACCAAGCCGGUGGUGAUCCUGCCCUGCCAGCACAACCUGUGCCGGAAGUGUGCCAACGACGUCUUCCAGGCCUCCAACCCGCUGUGGCAAUCACGGGGGUCUGCCGCCGUGUCUGCGGGGGGGCGAUUUCGCUGUCCGUCAUGCCGACACGAGGUGGUUUUGGACCGUCACGGCAUCUUCGGAUUACAGCGCAACCUGCUGGUGGAGAACAUCAUCGACAUCUACAAGCAGGAGUCUGCCACGCCGGUCCGACCCAAGUCUGAGCUGCAGGUCAUGUGCGAAGAGCAUGAGGAUGAGAAGAUCAACAUCUACUGCCUGAGCUGCGAGACUCCCACCUGCUCCAUGUGCAAGGUCUUCGGGCCCCACCGAGACUGCGAGGUGGCCCCGCUGCAGGUCGUCUAUGACAGGCAGAAGACGGAGCUGGGUGACAGGAUUGCCAUGUUGGUGGCUGGGAAUGACAGAAUCCAGGCCGUCAUCACACAGCUGGAGGGCACUGGCAGGACCAUCGCGGAGAAUGGCCGACGGCAGAAGGAGCAACUGUGCGCCAGGUUCGACGUGCUCUUUGACGUGCUGGAGCAGCGCAAGAAGGAGCUGGUAGAGUGUGUCAGCCGUGAGCAGGACAGCAAACUGGGCCGCGUACGCACUCUCAUCCGGCACCACGGCGACCACCUGGAGAGCACUGCCAAGCUGGUGGAGGCCGCUAUCCAGUCCAUGGAGGAGCCGCAGAUGGCUGUCUUCCUGCAGAACGCCAAGGAGCUUUUUAAGAAGAUCACGGAUGCUGCCUUGGGCUCUGACGUCGAGCAAACCGAACCCGGCUAUGAGAGCAUGGCGCGUUUUGUCAUUGACGCCGACCCCAUUGUCAGUGUUCUGCGGGCCAUUAACUUCCAAACAGCCCCUGUGGAUGAGGAAGGGGAAGAAAGCUUGGAAGAUCAGACUGGCCGAGAGAAGGAGCCUAGGGUCCAGUAGGGCCCGACUCUGAUCAAUGGUCCAGGUGGAAGUGGAAACUUCCAAUAAAUGGACUCAUCCGGAGAGCCGGUGAUUUCUACUCGCAUGUCCUCCAUUCAGCCUGGCUGUUGAAGGCCCUGUCCAUCUUGCAGUGCCCUCUGUUGCACUUAACCUUCUCCGAUUUUCAGGCCGCCAUCUCCAUCCCGCCGUGGAUCCUUCUUCGAGGUGUUUCUCCAAACCUCAUGGCUUCCUUCUCACGUGGCCCUUCCUCCAUAUCCCAAAAGACCCAAAGAUGCCAUCUCACAUCCCUUAUUUAGUCAAACUGUACUGCUCUCCUCUUCAGCCUUUGCCCUUAUCUGGAUAUUAAUUCUAAGACAGCUACAUUUUUGCAAAUGGUACUUGUCAGAGCUUGGAUGAUGGUUACAGAAGGGCUACAACUUGCGUCAUAGAUACCAUUUGUUAAAAAAAAUAAAAAAUCCAGGAUUUGGUUCUAGAUCAACUUGGAACAAGUAAUUUCCUUUAGUCAGUAGCAUUACAUUAGUAAAGAGAAAAAAAUGUGAAGUGAAGUGAACUGAGGAAGGGGGAAGCUGUGUCAUCUUAUAUCAUAUACUGUAUGGAAUCCACUUAAACUGAAAGGCUCAUAUAAUAAUACCCCAUAUUUUUAAAAAACAGAGAUGCAAGAUGCAAUUGUCAUCUUUCCAGUAUUCACUUUCAGAGUCAGAAAAUGAAGGCAAUUUUCAUUCUGGGAUGGAGACCCGUGUGUUUGAGUGUGAGAGAGGUCCUGCGCUCAGUCUCCUUUCCAAAAGUGAGGCGGCCAACCGCACACUGACAUUCCAGGAUGAUAUACGUCGAACUGGCAGAGCCCCAUGUGCCUGUUUUGCCACCACUUGCUUGCCGCUGCCGCAUUGCAUCCUGGGAGCUCAUUUGUCACGACUUCCAAAGAACCAGGAUGCGACAGUUGAUGGGGGAGGGGUCUGUAGGGCAAUGCCUCUAGCUUCUCAUUAGCUUAUUGCAGCCCCUCAAACCGCUACCAAGCGAUGUAGCCGUUGGGAUAUAUCAUCUUCUGAGUCACCACGGUCGCCCUGGGCACUGACCUUGUCACUCUGGCCGAGAUCCGCUGACUGAUGGGCAACAGGAGGGAGCGCAGUAACGAAAUACGGCUCCUACGUUAUUGAUAGGAGGCCUCUAUCAGAAUGCCGAAAGCAGCGUGGACAGACGCAAGCGUCACCCAACUACAGAUGGAGAUGGAUCACCGCUGGGUGUGAGCAUGACGGUUUGACGCACGGCGCCCUCGAAUACGGGCUGCCCAUCGAUAACUUCUGUUUCAAACGGAAUCGGGGGUGGGGUUGGUGUGACGGCUGCAUGCGUAACAUCUCCGCUAUGAGCCGGUGUGGCGGCCCGGGGAGCGGAGGUCUCAUCUCGCACGCGCCGAUGAAGUCACACAUCGCCGUUACUUUGCGUUUAGUCACAAUCGCUGGGAAUCCUUUCACUGCUGCAUUUUGCAGCAGUUAUUGCUGUGUGUGAAAAGGGGGCGAUUUACGUAACCAGCUCAAGAACAAACCAUUCUUUUUCCCUCUUUGCAAGUGGAGAGUCAAGGCCCCUAUUUGCCGGCAAACACAAACCUGGUCAUCACUAUUUUUGUUUAACUUUAUAAAUAGAUUCGGUCCAGUGGGAACUGUAGUCGUUGUGACUCCUUUCUUAUUUCUGGGCUUAAUUCAUGUUUAUUG